UGGGCGUUCCUGAGAGGUUUUUCCCCUGGUUUGAAUCUUGCCAUCUUUAGCCAGACACACCCAAAAUAAAAACGCGCAGGUGUGGUUGAAUGUGCCUUUGUUGGAUCCUGUAACGUAACAAACGCCUUGCUUUCAGCUAUGAUGCCAUCUUAGUGCUCUCACCAAUCAGCCAACAACAGUGCAAGGUCUGGGAUUCAUCUGUCAAAUGGAGGCAAACUACCAUCUUAGGCCUUUGGUAACAUUACAGACUAAGUCACUGGUAACUGCCCAAUCCUAAAUGUGCAGAUGAGGCAAAUGUAGAUUUUGUUAAACUAAUCAAACAGAAGAACCAUUUGAAGAAGCAGCCUGAAGCAAUUUCCUCACUUGCCAUGCUUUCACACUUUGCUUUUAAUAUACAUCGCCUGUGUAUCCCGCGUCGGACUUUUUCUCGUUUUUUAUGCCUUUCUCUUUUUAUUUGUAUUCUUAUUGUCUUCUCAGAGCACUAUGAAGAGAUUAUUUCCUGCGCACUUCCACUUUUCUAUCCAACUCGCUCUCCGCCUUCAACUACUCCAUUUAAACCCCCAGCUAUUCUCCUUUCCCCUCCUAAAGCUUGUUCACCAGCCCCCAUGCUUCUUAUCUUAGUCUCUAGCGCUCCCUUUCACCAUGAACGGCGCAAUGCCAUCAGGCAGACUUGGGGGUCUUCAUCCAACUUGGAUUCUCAGGCAGUCACUUUUUUUGUACUAGGGGUUCCUCAGUCACACAAUGAUCAAGCUGCAUUGUUGGAGGAGGCAAAGAUCCAUGGGGAUAUCAUCCAAGCUGCCUUUAAUGACAGUUACCGCAACUUGACUAUGAAAACUUUGGUGGGACUAUCAUGGAUGUCUCAGAGAUGUCAUGGUGCUAGGUUCCUGCUGAAAACUGACGAUGAUGUAUUUGUAAAUACAUUUUCCUUGUCAAGAUACCUUCAGGGACAACAUGGACCUCUCUAUUUAGGAAGGGUGCAUUGGAAAGUCUACCCUAACCGUGAUCCUGACAGUCGGCAUUACACUUCUACUGAUAUCUACCCAGAAAAGUACUUUAGUCCUUACUGCAGUGGUACAGGUUAUAUUUUGUCCCAUGAAGUAGUUGAGUGGCUGUUGCAGCAGACUGGCAAAAGCCCUAUUAUUCCAUUGGAGGACGUCUAUGUGGGACUGUUGGCAUGGGCAGCUGGGAUAUCCCCCAAACAUUCAGCAAGUAUGUCAGGCUCCAUGAAAAUACCACACAAUGGCUGCUGUUACAGCACAAUGUUCAGCUCCCAUGGCCUAACACCCAAGGGCAUGAAGGAGGCUUGGGAAAUUUUGAGUGAAGCAAGAAAUUACUGGUGCCCAUUUGCACUGCUGCGCUGUAAGAUACUGGGCAAUUUGAUAGAAGAGGGAGGAUUUGGACAGAUAUGACUGCCACUUCUAACAGUAUGCUGAUAAUUAUACACUGGACCAGAUAUAGAAAUGCAAUUUCUAAUAACAUUGCUGAUAUUUUUACAUUUCUUGUCCCCUACAUAGCUCUUUAUGGGCCAGAUUCAAUUCAGUGAGAAAAAGGUUUAUAAAGUGAAAACUCAUGGAUGAGAAUCAAUUCAAGAUGUGAACUGUUUAUCAUGUGAAAACUCUUUUGAAGUCAAUGGGGAAAAAAAAUUCUCAAAUUAAAUGUUGUCCAUGAAUUUUCCUUUGCUAAACCAUGAGAACUUUUUCUCACUGAAUUGAAUCUGGCCCUAUGGUGGAAUGUGGAAUAUUGCAUAGUGCUCUCCAAUCAUUUUAACAACAUGUGAAUUAAUUGCGUGUUUGUUUCUUCUCGUGCAGAGACUAAACAAUGAAAUCAGUCUAUUACAUAAGUAAAAAAGGGCAGAUUCUUCGCCUGCUGAUAAACUCAGGCCGAAGAUCUGUUGCACAAAAAAGCUUAUUGAUGUUACUGUACCCGGAGGAUUCUUGGCCUGCAUUUACCUGCAGGAUAAAAAUCUGCCUUGUGGCACUAUAGGAAAGGUCUUUAUGAACAAAAUUGGAAGGGGAGCACAGAACAGGCAAGAACACUUGCAAAAAGUGCUUAUAUUAUUCAUUGUAUGUUUGGCCCCUGAAUGCAGACUGAUGUAACCUUAAAGGAGAACUAUAGUCUAAAUCUGAAAAUCAUUAGAAAUGCUGUAUUUUGUAUACUGAACAUAAAUAUAAAGAUUUGAAACUUACUGCACAAGCCCAGAGGUUGAGAAGCCUAAUUAAAGGAAUGAUUUAUGCUUUCAAAGUUGUCCAGAGGGGGCCCACCAUCUUGUUACUUUGUUAGACCAUCUUUUGUAAGAUUUAGGGCUUGCACAUGCUCAGAUUGUUCUGGGCUGCUGUUGGGAGGCUGAGCUUAGGGAACGUAGUAAAUUAGCAAAACAGCACAUCAGGUAAUAUCUGCUAUAGAAGCUGAUUAAUAAUUAGAAUCAUAAUAUGCAGACUACACUGGUUCUUGUGUUGCCAUGUAAUGGAAUGUGGGUUUUAGAGUUUUUUUUGCAUUGUUUAAUAUUUUCCCAGCUCUCCAGAGCAGUGGCUGCAUAAAUAUGCAAAAUAAUCCUACAAUGAGAAUCCCAGAUGAUCUGUGUAAAUUUUGUUCCUGCAAUUGGAGUUGGGAGCAUUAAGCACAGUUUCCCAGCGCUGAACAAGUCUGUCCCUUUAUUCCCAUGUCUGAUUUCUGUGUCAUAUAAUGAAAGGAAAAUGACAAUUAUCUCUAUAUAUAAGAUAUCAAAAUGGCUGCUAUAGUGCCGGGAAUCUAAUUAGCAUUCUCAUUGGUCAGUUCUCUUGUGUAUAUAAUUUUUUCUUCAACCUCGAUAGAGAACUAGGUGGAACCUAAAAAUUAAUCCAUAAAUGAUACAGGCCAAAUGAUCCCAUUGGCACAGAAACACAGGUGUAUCAUGGAUACAGUUACACAUAAAUUAGUACUGUGCUAUUAUACACAUUUUAUUACAAGAUAUCAAUAAAAACAAGCUUUAGCUUAGUAUUUAGACAUAACUUGUUUACAACAGGCUCCCAAAUAUCAUAUCUCCAUCACCCAAAAUAUCAGCUCAUAAGAUAAUUGUGGCUUUUUCUAACCAAAACUCAUUCUGAAUUCUCUUCUUCUACAAACAACUUUCUGACACUUGCAUUACAAUGACCAGAGCAAAGGUUUAUUGAGCAGACUGGGGGUUUCGUACACAGUCUGUUUAUAAUAGUGAGAGCACAAACUCUGAACUCAGUGUUGGUUGGCUUAUAUGCAUGUUUAGCAGUGACUAGAGCAAGGAGGCAGGAGAAAGAAGAAUAUUGUGAGUCGAUCCCUAAGUUCAGGUCAGCCAAGAGCAGACUGAGCAUGUGCAGUAGUUGGGCACGGCAAAAGAUGGAGAUCUACUGUGGGCAUCUUCAGGGGCAUGGGGCUUGAUAUACAUUGUAUACAUACAGUACAUAGAUAAAACCUAUCUGCUAGACUAAUAAAUAUCCUGCAUGGAUACAACAGAA